GCGAGAUACCACAACAUAACCGGAGAUGUACUCAUGGGGGCGGGAGUGGUGGCGUACCUGGGAGCCUUCACGGUCGACUACAGGUCGGUUGUUACUGCGGAAUGGCACAAACUUACAAUGGAACUGAAUGUUCCAUGCUCGACGACUUUCAAGAUCGCCGAUACCCUAGGAGACCCCGUGAAGAUUCGCGAGUGGAACAUCGCAGGGCUGCCCGUCGAUAGCUUCUCCACCGACAACGGCAUCAUUGCCACCAACUCAAAUCGUUGGGCUCUUUGCAUCGAUCCACAAGGUCAGGCAAAUAAGUGGAUUAAGAACAUGGAGAAAGACCACGAUCUGCAUGUGAUAAAGAUGACAGACGGUAACUAUGUUAGAACCCUGGAAAACGCUAUCCAAUUCGGCUGGUCUGUGCUCCUUGAGAAUGUCGGUGAAACCCUCGACCCUGUGAUGGAACCCAUCCUCCAGAAACUCGUUUUCCGCCAGAGCGGCAGUGAUUACAUUCGUCUGGGUGAUGAAGUUCUGGAGUACAACAACGACUUCAAGCUAUUCAUCACUACGCGUCUUCGGAACCCCCACUACGUGCCGGAGAUUUCCGUCAAAGUGUGUCUGAUUAAUUUCAUGAUAACCCCCAUGGGCCUCACUGACCAACUGCUCGGAAUCGUCGCGGCCAUGGAGAAACCGGAGCUGGAGGCGAAAAAGAAUCAGCUGAUCAUCGAGUCUGCUGAAAACAAACGGACUUUGAAGGACCUCGAGGACAAGAUUCUGGAAGUGCUCAGUUCCUCCGAGGGAAACAUCCUGGAGGACGAGACAGCAAUCAGCAUCCUCUCCUCGUCCAAGACUCUUUCUCAGGAGAUCACAGAGAAACAAGCUGUUGCUGAGAAGACCCAGGUGGAGAUUGACUCCACACGAAGUGGGUACAUUCCAGUGGCUAGCCAUGGAGCUAUCCUUUUCUUCUGCAUCGCUGACCUUGGUAACAUCGAUCCAAUGUACCAGUACUCGCUCACGUGGUUCGUGAACCUCUAUAUAAUGUCAAUCAAAUCAAGUGAGCCAUCAGACGACCUAGCGACUCGAGUGAAGAAUUUGAAUGACAAUUUCACGAAGGUUAUCUACCGCAACGUCUGCCGGUCGCUGUUUGAGGGUGCCAAACUUCUCUUCCCACUGACCAUGUGUGUGGCCUUGCUCAAAUCAAGGUAG